AUGAGUGACCCAUUCAAUCCAAACAUCGAGAAACGCUCAACGCCGCAAUGGGCUUUGUAUCAAAGAGAGCAAUUCUGGAGAGCCAAUGAUGGAGAAACGCCUCCUUUCAAUACGCACCCCAAGGCCCUAGAGGAAAAAGCCAAAGAGAAGCUAAGUUUAGGAGGAUGGUACUAUGCAGCUUCCAAUGCAGGCCUCUCAACAACUCACUCUGUCAAUCGUCAGGCUUUCCACCGGCAUUGCAUCGUCCCUCGCAUGUUAGUCGACACCAAUCUCCGCGACACAACUACCGAAAUAUGGGGCCACAAGGUCUCUGCACCCAUUGGAUUUGCUCCCAUCGGUAUCAACGCAAUCUACAAUCAAGCAGCCGAAGUACCAGUUGCAAAAGUUGCCGGUGAACUGAACCUGCCGUACUGUCUCUCAACGGCUGGUAGUACACCGAUCGAAAAAGUAGGAGCGGCCAAUGGGAACGGUCCACGAUUUUUUCAACUAUACAUGCCUCACGACGAUGAAUUGACUCUAUCCUUACUCAACCGAGCCUGGAAAUCCGGAUUUGACGUGUUGAUCCUCACAACGGAUACAUGGCAACUAGGCUGGCGACACGACGAUGUCGCAAACUCCAACUACGCAUUCUACCGCGGUAUCGGCGCGGGACUAGGUCUAAGUGACCCCGUCUUCCAAAAGCGAUGUCGCGAGAAAGGAAUAGACAUUGAGAAAGAUCCCGUCGCCGCAUCCACGAUUUGGAUUGAUUCAAUCUGGCAUGGUAGAGCGUGGUCAUGGGAGAAAUUACCCUGGUUAAUUCAGCAAUGGAAAUUGAUCUCUGGUGGACGCCCGUUUGCGUUAAAGGGGAUCCAGUCCGUGGCUGAUGCGAAGAAGGCGGUUGAAUACGGCGUUGAUGGUAUCGUGGUAAGUAAUCAUGCCGGUAGACAGGUUGACGGCGCAAUUGCCAGUCUUGAUGCGCUUGAGAACAUUGUCGAUGCUGUGGGCGAUAAGACCUAUGUCAUGUUUGAUUCUGGAGUCCGUGGAGCGAGUGAUGUGGUCAAGGCAUUGGCGCUAGGUGCAAAGUUUGUGUUUGUCGGUCGUUUGUGGGUUUGGGGUUUGAGUAUUAUGGGCGAGGAAGGGGUGAGGCAUGUUAUGAAGUCGCUGCUGGCGGAUUUUGAUAUUUUCAUGGCUGUAGGAGGGUUUACGAAUGUGAAGGAGUUUGAUCGUUCUAUUCUUGAGUCGUAUCCAAAGUCGUACAGCAUACCUGAAUGAAGUUGUAUCGUCCAAGCAACUGAUUGAGUGUGUUAUUGGGCUAUUUCAGUCCGUGGAUAACUAUCUCGGCCAAAUACCUGCCUUAUCUGUGUACAGACAUAGUGUGAAUAACUAGCCCUAGAGCCCUAAGCUACUAUGCUUGCUUGAUACGACGAGAAGUUCCGAAACAGAAAUUCAGGGC